GUUGCCAGUGUUCGUUACUGGACAGUAUCGGGUAUAACGUGCAAGUUGGUGCUAAAUAAUUUGUUAACAAAAUGGAAAAGCCUUCGCCUUCAUUGUACGUAGGAUGCAUGAAUGUGUUGAAUACCGCCGCCCAUGUGUUGAUGGGUGGAGCCGCCUUCUUUGGAUUGGUGAUUGGAGAUGCAUAUCCCUCAAAAUUGACAGCCCAUUCCUUUCUCAUAGUUAUUGGGCUAACAAUUCUAUGCAGUCAAGCGAUAUUGUCAGUGAAUCCUUACAAGGGGUUCAAUGAGAAUUUCAAGUUCCCGAAGAAGUCAAAAAUGUAUUGGAUAAUCCAAAUAAUUGCUUGUACCGUGGUAUUCAUCGGGGCUACUCUGGGGAUAGCUGCCGUUGGCGAUAUGACUGUUUCUCUGGGUCCAAUAAACGUCGGCGCAAAACACUUUUACUCUUCUCAUGGAGUCAUAGGUUUGAUAGUCAUGAUAUUUGUGUCCGUGAAAUUAGUAGGUGCUCUUGCGAACUUAUUUUUGGCGGAUAGAUUGAGCACUUUGAUGAAGACUAUUCAUGUAAUCGUAUCGACUAUCACAAUAUCAAUGGCUUACAUAACAAUCAGUAUUAAGUAUGGAGAUGUUAAUGAUAAAUAUUGGAGUUCACCGUCUUGGGCUAUUGCAUUUUCUGUCUUCACCAUGAUUGCAUUGUUACUGAUGACCGUUGCCCGAGUGCUCAUGACUGGUAGUAUUAAGUUCUAAGAAUAGAUUAUAGUAUUUUCACAAAUAAUGUCAAAUAGGUAUGUACUUACGUUUUGUAACUUGACUUAUGUUUAAAAAGUAACUUGCAUGAUUAUAAUAUAUGUACGAUAGGUAACUGUGUGUACGCAAUUGAUAAAUGAAAGAGUAUGUUUGUAAAUUAAAAUUUGUAUUUUUCUGUGAAAAUAAACCAAACACUAGUUUUAAUUAGUCAUAAAUUUAUUUUGUAAGAGACAAAUAUGCUUGAUUUUCAAUUACCCUUAGAACAAGUUUGCUUUACGGUUAACAAAUUUAAACGAGAGCUGAUUGGUCAGCUCUAUUGAACCAACCAAUGAGAGCGCCGACAGCGCUCUUGUUUCGAUCUCGUUAAACGUAAAACAAACUCGUACUAAGCCCUCUGACAAGUAUUGUAUAUUUUUUUAAUACAUGAAAUUAUGUCUUCUGUAUUUUCUUUUUGUUUUCCGUUACUAUUCUUUUCUUUUAAAAGGAACUGUUUAUUUAAGAGGAAAAGUAAACUAAUCGAAUACAGAUUAAUUAAAUAUCUAAGUACUUACGUAGAUACGUUUCUUAUAAGUUUAUCUAAGAAGAUAUAUCGUGAACAUUUUUUCAUAAUAAAAAUAUCUCGUAAGAUAA